GCUGCAGAGGGAGACGGACGCCAGUGACGCGGUCUCAUUUAAAUAAUACUCGCGCCGCGGUACGAUACGACUUCUCGGAUAAACUGUCAGAAGCAUGUGAGUGGCUGUGUUUAAACAAAAGCGGAGUCUGUGAUAUGUGAUGUAACUAAUUGUUUGAAACCUAUGAGGAUGUAUGUCUCACUGGCAGUACUCACCUUAUUUGUCCAAGAAUCUUUGCUGCUCAGGAUAGUAAGAGUUUCAGUGCCGACGUACAGGGUGAGAGGGCAACCAGCACAAUUAGAAUGCGACUACGAGCUAGACACAGACAAGCUAUACUCCGUGAAAUGGUACAGAGAUAAUGAAGAGUUCUAUCGGUACAUGCCGAAGUAUGAACCACCGAAGCUCGCGUACAAACUCGAGGGAAUCAAAGUCGACCUACAGAAAUCAGAUGAUAGAAGAGUGGUGCUUCAUCCAGUGAUGCUGAAGUCAACGGGUCUCUAUAGGUGCGAAGUCUCCGCGGAAGCCCCAAGCUUUGCUUCGGCUGCUGGAGAGGGGAAAAUGGAAGUUAUUUAUCUUCCAAAAGAGGGUCCCAGAAUAACCGGCAAUGAGCAAGAGAACAGACGGGGUGACUCAAUGUUCCUGAACUGCACGUCGGGUCGGUCUUACCCCGCGGCGGUACUCAGUUGGGACAUCGAUGGAGAAAAGGUGACAGAUCCAGACCUACUGGUGGAAUAUCCACCAAUCCAGCACGCCCAUGGCCUGCUUUCAGUAGCACUGGGUCUCAGAGUACCUGUAGGGCGGACGAUGCAAGUGCGAUGCACUGCGAGGGUGGCGCCAGCAUGGCGGGAGGGUAGCGAGGCUGUAGUCGGCAGCAGCCAUCUAGCUGACAGCAAAGAGGCCAUGCUUCUAGUGAGGAGUUCAAGCGAGGCAUCCGCGUUAAACGUAAUACUGUUAACACUCUCUCUUGCCUUAUUUCUUAGUUCCCUAAUGAAAUUAGAAACGUGAUAAAUUAUCAGGUGUAUUUUAUUAAUGCGACGUGAUUUAUAAGCGAGCAUCAGAAUUGGUACAUGGACUAUUAUAUAGCAUACUUAUUUUUUUCCUAACGAUCACUUUGACGUUUUCAUUGAUAUUCUAUAAUCUAUGUUUUAACGAUAGCCAAAAUUUCAUAAAUUAGUUGUUACGCG